AUGUCUCAAUCAAUGCUUGCAUCCGCUACGUGGACCCGCCCUCUAACCCUACGCCCGGCGACACUCCCUCUCUCCAUGGUCAGCGCUCAAGGCCGCUCUUUCUCACAAGUCAAUCGUCUCCAAGGCAAAGAGUGGAGAAAUGGUACGAGUAAGGGGUACAUCUACAAGCCAAAGGAUCUGAUCGAGCCCAAAUGGGAUGAACUCCAGAAGAUGAUGAAGUGGCGGAGCUUGGCGUAUAAGGAGUAUUUCCAGGGUCUCUUUGGCAGCUCCAACCCGUUGAUGGCAAAGCGAGAAUGGUACCAAUGGGUCAAAGCGACCCCGGACCGGAACAUGAGAGACGAGAUAAAGGCAAAAGAAUUGGAAACCCUCCACCGCGAGGUCCAGGAAGCUGUCCGAUUCGUUGAAGAGUUUGCUAACAACUAUUCCAACCUAUGCUCUCAAAUCGCGCUCAAAAAGGUGGUCGAAGUGCUCAGUGGUAAUGCUACUGGACAGGCACUCUUCGAUGAGGAUCAUAAGGAAGGCGACCCCGUUCUAGAGGCUGAAUUAGAGAGUCGGGUUCGAAGGUUCGUGGAUGAGAUGCUCAAGGCCGGGCGAGUUGCUGAUGAGACGGGCGAACCCAUGAUGGGACCCAAAUUUGAGCCGGUUUCCGAGCUUCGUAGACAAUCACGAGAGAGGUACGGAAGCACCUUCAAGGAGCCGGAAGAGCUGGCAGAAUACAAGAAGAAGUACUCUGAUCUGAUGGCUCCGGAAAAGGAGAAAGCGGAACCAACGGACCGUGUCUACGAUCCGAUAUCUCAGCGGAUGGUACCUGCGGCUGGGGGGGUGGGAAAGAGGGUGAAGGCCCCCGGAGAGGAUGAACUGGCAGAGAGGGAGGAGGCGAAGAAGAAGGACCCCAACGAGGGCGAAGAGGGCGACAAAAAUAAGGUUCGUUCGAAUAAUAUAUGCGCCAAUACGCAGCAUGAUGACUACAUGCUGCAAAUUGAGCGCAUGAAAAAGACAUUAACAUCCUGGACGAACUGGAAAACUGGAAUGUCCGAGGCUUGUUCCUCGGCGCCAGCCAAAGCUAAAAAUGACACAGUUCAAAGGCCAUCACUAACGCAGUUCAACAGGGAGACUGAGAUUGCGGGGAGUGGCCCCCGGGUGUUGGGGCGGGGGGAAGAGAGAGGAGGGGUGAAUAGUGAUCUGUGGGGGGUGGGUGGGCUGGCGAGGGGGAGCAAUGGGAAUCAUGAAAAAAAACUGUACGAUUUGACGAGAGACGUGAAGAAUACGACGGACAUUCCACAAACCCAAGGUAGCAGUUCCUGCUCGUCAUCUCCCUCCGUGAAUUCUGUUCCUAGUGCUUUGUCUUCUGAACCAGCAGCGCAGAUUGGAGCUGUGUCUGCUGGUAAAGAUACUGUGCUUGCAGAUUCUGGGAGUCCCUCGAUACCGAAAUCGAUUUCCAAUUAUGCUACCAAGGCCGCCGAGAUAUCCAAGGCCCUGGAUACGCUGUCCUCGAUGCAAAGAGACCAAGACAAUGCUGGGGAGUCGGUCGCUUCGGUACCCCAAUCCAUCACCGAUUUCAAUGCCAAAAUAGCCGAACUAAAGCGGGCUCUGGAGACCCUAGACCCCGUGCUCAGGCAGUCAAACAACAAUUUACCUUCACCUGAUUUAGACCCUCCGAAACCAUCGCCGUUGCCAGCACCCCGAUUACAGUCUGCUUUGGACCGAAUAGCCUCAACACCGAAAUCGAGGCCCAAUAUCUCAGAAAGUGAGGAAUCUCUUGGUGCAGCGGCUGCACAGUCCAGGGGUCCCCCCGACUCAAUACAGCAUAAGCAGACAGUCAGUGUAGAGGACCCGAUUUCGAGGCCUCCGACCUCUGACACAGAACCUCAACCCAAGAUCGUUUACAAAGUCCUGGCCUACGACUCCGGCAACGACAUCCUAACCACCUCCAUCACCACAACGCCACCUCGACCCGGCUACCAGGAGUCCUCCCUCAGCUUGCCCGAUGCGUUAUCCAUGCUCUCGAACCCGUCCAAAUUCGUGCCUUAUCUGCCUACAAAUUUCGAGCCAGUCCUAGCCUCCGCGAAUUUGCUUGUCCUACGCGAGACACCGGAUAUUGUGGCCCUCGAGGAGCCAAUUGGGGACACUGGCAAUGAUAUUGAGCCACCCCCGAACGUUCAGAAACAGGAACACCCGGAUGUAAAUCCCGUCGAUGGCACAACCGCCCCGUUUCCAGAAGCCGCCGUCGGCAACUAUGCGAGUCCGACUGGCUUCGUGAACUAUAAUCAGCUCUCGCCUGUUUCUGAUGAUCAGCCUCUCGAUUCUGAGGCUGCUGCGCAGUUGAGGGGGAAAGGCCAUGCGAAUCAGCAUGAAGAAGAAACUCACGAGAGAAAUCGUGAGCGGUAUGGAGGUGGACACCACCGUUAUGGGAGAAGACGGCACGGGAGAUGGCAGAGACGGGGACACGGUGGGGCCGCUUCAGUGACAAAGACGGCCAUUUUGGGGGUCAGUGCUUGUUAUAUUGCCGGUGUGGUGGGAGAGGUUGUAGAGCCGCGGAGGUAA